AAGUGGAUGUGGCUGCUGUCUCCCUUCCUGCAUAUUGGGUUUGACGUUUCAAAGAUGGAAUCGGGAGAUCUGAUUGGCUACUGAGCCUUUCAGCCCUCUGUGAUUUCUCUUCUGAUGCAUCAAACAGGCUCAUCUGUCUGAUUCAGUCCCCACAGUCUGCAGGAGUAAGGGGGACACAUGUCCCCUUACUGUUUCCCUACCUGUUAGACCUGGAGUCCUGCACCUUUCAUUCUUUACACAUGGCGGACAGUAAAUUGCAGGCUGCUCAUGAGGGUGAAAAUAUGAACUUAUAGUAAGGCUACAUAUAAGGUCAUUUUAGGGUAGGCCUAUCACUUCGGAUCUACAGGACCUGCUCGAAAACUAGUUCUGUUAUUAUGUACAUUUAUAAUUGCUUUCCACAAUGCCACCUUAAUCCCUCUGCACAUCAUUCCAACGUGUUGUCUUCAUGUCAGGGGGGCGUUUUCUCUGGAUUUUCCCUCUCCUGAAUUUUUCCCCUUUGCAGCAUCAGUAGCACAGAGCCUGCCUCCGUCCAGACGACGCUGUUCCUGCUUUCUCUGUGGGGUUUUUCUAAGGUUGGGAAACAAGACCAGACACAAGAAGAGCAAAUAAACAGAAGCCAAACAAAGCGCGCCGUCUUUCACCGGGGGAUUCAUCUGUCUUCCGUGCAGGAGCAUCUCUGGCCCGCGCUGAAUCGCGUGAAAGGAGAACCAAACAGAGCAGGAUGUCAGCCAGAGGAGGAAAAAAGAAGGCCACCAAGCUGUCGCGUUCAUCCAGGGCAGGUGUCAUUUUCCCUGUGGGGAGGAUGAUGAGGUACCUGCGCACCGGCACACACAAAUACCGCAUCGGUAUGGGGGCACCAGUUUACAUGGCAGCAGUCAUCGAGUACCUGGCAGCUGAGAUCUUGGAGUUGGCAGGAAACGCGGCACGGGACAACAAGAAAGGCAGAAUAACUCCCAGGCACAUCAAGCUGGCGGUGGCCAAUGAUGAGGAGCUCAACCAGCUUCUGCGGGGGGUGACCAUAUCCAAUGGAGGGGUUCUGCCUCGGAUCCACCCAGAGCUUCUCUCAAAGAAGAGAGGAGGUCGUGUGAAAGUGGACAGCCAAGCGUCUGUCCCCGAGAAGCAGGAAGAACGCUCAAAGAGCAAGAAACCCGUGAAGUCGUUCAAAAAGGUUAAAGGCAAACGAGGUCGCAAGCCAAAGAGCACAGACAAUGAGUCUGUACCAAACUCCACAGUGGAAGACGGUCCAGGAGAUGGAUUCACCAUUCUGUCAGCAAAGAGCCUGUUCCUUGGACAAAAGCUUUCACUAACAGAGAGUGAAAUCAGCAAAAUUGGAACAAUCAAAGUGGAAGGGAUCAUUAACCCAACGAAUGCAGAGAUGGACCUCAAAGACGGAGUGGGCAACGCCCUGGAGAAAGCCGGAGGCCGAGAAUUCCUGGAUGGAGUCAAGGAGCUGCGAAAAGCUCAGGGGCCUUUGGAGGUGGCAUCAGUGGCCGUCAGCCAGGCCAGUGGGAUGGCAGCCCGCUUCAUCAUCCACUGUAACGUCCCUCAGUGGGGUUCAGACAAGUGUGAGGACCAGUUAGAGAAGACCGUGAAGAACUGUCUGUCAGCAGCAGAGGAGAAGAAGCUCAAGUCUGUGGCUUUCCCUUCACUUCCUGCUGGACGGAAUGGGUUCCCAAAGCAGACGGCUGCCCAGCUUAUCCUCAAGGCCAUCUCCAACCAUUUUGUGUCGUCCACCAGCUCCUCUCUGAAAAACAUUUACUUUGUGCUGUUUGACAGUGAGAGCAUUGGAAUAUAUCUUCAGGAAAUGGCCAAGCUGGAUGCGAAGUGAGGAUUCUUGUGUUGGGGUUUGUUUUUCUAACUGUUGUUUGUUGCAGGUGGUGUAGAUAGGUGAUGACAUUAGGGCUUUGAUGUGGAAUCUGUCUUGGUGAAAGAGGAAAAAACAAUACUUGUGAGUGGAGUGCUGUUCACAUUUAUGUUCCACUGUCCCUUCAAGUGAUUGCAUUCUUUAUAGAUUAGAUAAUUUAAAUGCGUACAGUUUGCCAUUAUGGUUCCUUGUUUUUAAUGAUGGUUUUACAUUCCAUGUACAAAUAUAACAGUUUUUUUCCUGGCCUCUGUAGUUUCUGAUACAGUUAGUUUACUAAAAAACUGUGGUUCAUUCUGCUUUGAAAUAAAAAAUCCGAUGUUUUACACAAAACUUUUAACACAUA